UCUUCUUCUACCUUUGGAAGAAAGCAGCUAGUAGGAAUAGUUCAGGAUCUUUUCGCUCCAGGAUCCCACACUUCUUCUGGUACCAUUGGAAUAUUCUCUUCAUGAUUAAUUAUUCAACAAUCCAACAGAAGAUGCGUGACGAGCUGGACGAUGUUACCGAUUACCGACGACGAUACACAACUUCAAGGUUUCACCAUUCCUAAGGGAAGUGUUCUUGCUAUCAAUCUGGACUCAGCUUUCAUUGAUCCAACUGCAUGGGAAGAGCCGGAAAUUUUCCGACCAGAACGUCACUUGAAUCAAGAAGGAAAACUGAUUAAAAAUGACGCGUUCAUUCCCUUUGGCCUAGGUAAACCAGUAUGUUUGGGUGACCCGUUGGCUAGAAAUACGGUAUUCCUUUUCAUGGCGUCACUAGUGAAAACGUUCGAGUUCAAAUCUCUUCCAAACCAACCGCCGCCGACAUUGGAACCCGCAAUGGGAUUAGUGGGACCAAUGGGACCUCAACCUUUCAAAGUUGUCGUCAUUCCACGCGCUCUGUAAUAGUUCGACGAUGCAAGUUUCGGGCAAGUUUAAACACGGAGAGUAAAUCAAGAGUUACCCAUAAAAAUAUGACAACAUAUGCUAUUAAAAGUCCCAGUAACCACACAAUGUCGCUUAUCGCCUAUUCCACUGAUGGAAGUAGUAGUGGCCACACCCAAUAUAGGUCAUCGGAUCAGAGCGGAUAAGAAAUCGACAUGUUACUCCCUCAGGAUUUGGAAGUCAUCAAGUCAACAAAUAUGCCUUUCUUAAUGAUUUUAUUCUGUGCGGUUAUUGUGAUCUUCUAUCUCUUCAAGUUGUCGCUACGUCCACCUCAUUUCCCACCAGGCCCCAGAGGAUUGCCACUGCUGGGCUAUUCGCCAUUAAUGCCCACAAAGGAUCCGUUCUUUAAAACCAUGCAAAAGUUGGCUAAGACGUAUGGACCCGUGACUGGAUUUUAUUUGGGACCCACCCAGCCGUUUAUUUCCGUUGUCGGGGCACAGGCUGUUAGAGAAGCCUUGCAAAAUGGCGAUCUCAGCGGCAGACCUUCUGGUGCAAUACUGUUAAGUAGAACAUUUGGGGAGAGACUAGGCCUAACGUUUGUGGAAGGCGAUGUUUGGCAAGAACAGCGGAGAUUCACGCUACGUCAUUUACGUGAUCUUGGGUUCGGAAAAACAACAAUCGAGGAUCAGAUGAUGGGCGAGAUCACCGAUUUAAUUUCUGAAAUCACCGCAACGGCAAAAUCGAAUCGUGAUCACGUUGUAGAUUUCAAAUCCAUUUUCUCAGUAUCGGUGAUUAACAUCCUGUGGGCGAUUGUUGGAGGGAAACGAUUUCAGCGUGACGACCCAAAGUUCAAGAAACUAUUGGACAACAUCGAUAAAUUUUUACAAAGUGGCAAUGUUCUGCAAGCGAAUUUACCUGUUCCUGCCAUCUUAGUUCGUCUUUUCCCUUCUCUACCAGGAUGGCUUGGAAUCAAUACCCAAUUGUUCGUUCCUAUACAAAAAUUCAUUGAGGAAACUAUCGACGAACAUAUUUCCACCAGAUCGAAGGGAGAUGCUGCUCGCGAUUAUAUUGAUGUCUACUUGGAUGAAAUGGAGAGGCAGUUGAAGACUAAUGAAUCCACCACUUUCAGCAAGAAGCAGCUUAUAAGUAUAAUCCAAGACCUUUUCGGUGCGGGAUUCCAUACAUCUUCAAGUUCCAUUGGAUUUGCGGUUCUUUAUAUGAUUCAUUAUCCAACAAUCCAACAGAAGAUUCGUGACGAACUGGACGAUAUUUGUGGCGAUUCUCUGCCGUCACUAGCACAUCGAUCACGACUGCCCUACACUGAAGCUGUUUUAAUGGAAGUAAUGAGGAUGGCCAACAUCGCCCCAUUAACUGUCCCUCACUGUGCCAUGAAAGAUACACAACUUCAAGGUUUCACCAUUCCCAAAGGAAGCAUCCUGGCCAUCAGUCUCCACUCGGCUUUCAAAGACCCAACUGCAUGGGAAGACCCUGGGAAUUUCAGACCUGAACGUCACCUGGAUCAAAAUGGGAAGACGUUUCUGAACGAGUACGAUUUUAUCGUCAUUGGAGCCGGAUCGACCGGAGCGGUGGUGACCAAUCGGCUCACCGAAGUGGACGACUGGAAAGUGCUUUUGCUGGAGGCCGGCGGAGAUGAAACGAUCGUGUCCGACGUUCCAGGAUUAGCUCACCACCUCCAGCGGACCAACAUCGACUGGAGUUACAAAACCGUUCCGCAAUCCGGAGCCUGUCUGGCCUUUAAUGAAACCAAGUGCAUUUGGCCCCGGGGCAAAGUUCUCGGUGGUUCGUCCGUCCUGAAUUACAUGGUCUACGCCCGUGGCAACAAGAACGAUUACGAUCAAUGGGCGCUGGAUAAUCCCGGAUGGUCCUACGACGAUGUAUUGCCGUAUUUCAUCAAGUCGGAAGACAACCGGAAUCCGUACAUCGCCGCCAACAAGAAGUACCACGGCACAGGCGGUUACCUGACUGUCCAGGAGCCGGCUUACAUGACACCCCUAGCGGCGGCCUUCAUCCAGGGCGGAGUCGAAAUGGGCUACGAAAUUCGCGACUGCAAUGCGGAAAAACAAACUGGUUUCAUGAUACCUCAGGCUACUAGCCGGAGAGGAGCCCGUUGCUCGACGGCCAAAGCUUUUUUGAGGCCCAUCCGCAAACGGCCCAAUUUGUCCAUUUCGAUGCGUUCGCUGGCCCACAGGAUCGUCAUCGAUCCGGCCACCAAACGGGCCACCGCCGUCCGCUUCGAGAGGGGCGGGAAAAUCUACCAAGUCAAAGCCAAAAAGGAAAUUAUUGUUUCGGCCGGAACCGUCAACAGUCCGCAAUUGCUGAUGCUGAGCGGAAUCGGCCAUGCGGAUCACCUCGGCUCGUUCGGAAUUCCGCUGAUGGCCGACCUGCCGGUGGGCGACAACCUCCAAGAUCACAUCGCCUUAGGCGGAAUGGUCUUUAGAAUGGAUCAACCAUUUGGAGUGACGGAAGCGCGGUAUUACAGUAUUCCGGUCAUACUGAAUUACACCAUCAACGCCGCAGGGCCUCUGACGUCACUGGGAGGCACCGAAGGGGUGGCCUGGAUGAAAACCAAAUACGCGCCGGAAGGCGAUUGGCCGGAUAUCCAAUAUCAUUUCGUUUCGGCCACUCCGGCUUCCGAGAGCGGAUUGUUCUUCCGCUACAACACGGGCGUGAGGGACGACAUCUGGAACGCCUAUUACCAGCCUCUUGUCAACACGGACAUGUGGCAAUUGAUCCCGACGUUACUCCGCCCAUUAUCCAGGGGGACCAUCCGGCUGGCCUCCAACGAUCCGCACGCGGCUCCGGUGAUCGAUCCGAAAUAUUUCACCGACGACGCCGGAAUGGACCUCAAAACUCUGAUCGAGGGGACGAAAUUCGCACUGGCCUUGAGCAAGACGGAAGCGUUCCGGAAAGUGGGCAGCAAAUUCUACGACAAGAUCUUCCCCGGAUGCGAGAGCUUCACUCCGUGGACGGACGACUACUGGGGCUGCUUCAUCCGCCAUUAUUCAACGGCCAUUUACCACAUGACCGGCACCUGUAAAAUGGGAUCGGAUCCAGCAACGGCCGUCGUCGAUUCGAAAUUGAAAGUUCACGGGAUCGGUGGUCUGAGAGUGGCCGACUGUUCCAUCAUGCCCAACGUCGUAUCCGGCAACACCAACGUUCCGGCGAUAAUGAUUGGAGAGAAGGUGUCUGAUAUGAUCAAAGCCUUGUGGUUAAUAUGAUAAUCUUCAUAUAAAAUUUGCUACUUGAAAUUCAUUCUCAGAAAUUUAUUAAUUGCGUGCAAUGUGAGAAUGGUCAUCUAUUCAUUUAUCAAAAUUGAAAUUGUGUAUAUAGUAUUGACUUAUUUAU